GCAGACAUCGCGUCAAGACGUCGGAAAGAAGAAGAGAGAAGUGCAGCACUCUCCCCAAUCUGCCUCGCGAUCUUUCCCACAAAGAAAACGGGAGCCAGCAGCAGCAGCAGCAGUACCUCUAUCCCCUCCCCCUCCUCCCCGCCAUUCCAUUCACGAUUUCGUCCGAAGAGCGGCGGUGCGCUCUCAGUCUCGCUGCGCGUCUCGUUCGAGGCGGUGGGCUCCGCCGUGUCGUUGAUGUGCUUGCAGUAGUGUGUUUUAAUCCGUGUGUUGCAGAUUUCUCCAUCAGUGCGAUAUAUCUGCAAGCUGCACAGUGCGCUCGAUAUAUAUAUAUACAUAUAGCUGGUAUAUACGUGGUGCGCGACGACGGCGACGAGAGUGAGUGUCGAUAUUAUAACCUAAAAAGUGCAAGAUAUAGAUAUAUAUAUACACUGCAUCUCUCGCUGUGCUGUCUCUCUACACUCGGUGCGAGAGGAGAGAACGAUAGAAGAAGGAGAGGGUAUAUAUACGGACAAAGUGAAGGAGAGCGAGCGCAACGCCUGCAGGCGGCGGAAGGAAGCAGCGGACGCCCGAGUGCCGAUAAGAUGGCGUCACGCGUGUCGUCGUCGCGCAGGAAGAAGUAAAGAGACGACGACGAGCCGCUCUGUCUGCGUGUGCCCAGCGAGUGAGUUUCCAGCUAGAUUUUUCAUCCGCUCUAAUACGCGCUCGAUCUCGACCUAUCUGGCUUCCUUCGCCAACCUACGCCUUCCCCCCCAGGAUCCACGCUGAGUCUUGGUGUCAUCAGGAUCAGAGCAGCAGUUCCAUCCAAGUGUAAGCCCAGAAUCCAGGGAGAGUGAGUCAGACGUCCAGCUAGAUGCCUUUGUUGUCAAGGAACCGCCGUCAAGGCUUCAAAUCGUAGCCCAAGGUGAAGGUCGUCGAGGAAGCCAAGGCUAAACCGCCUCUCGACCCUCUAGCAGUAGCAAGGCAUCUCAGCCUCCUGCUCUAAACUCUUCAACAACCAACCAGCAUAUUUUCACACGCACAUAGCCACCCAAGGCAUCAUGAGGGAGUUCAAAGUGGUAGUGCUAGGCUCGGGCGGUGUGGGCAAGAGUGCCCUGACAGUGCAGUUUGUGUCCGGCUGCUUCAUGGAGAAGUACGACCCGACAAUCGAGGACUUCUACAGGAAGGAGAUCGAGGUGGACAACUCGCCAUGUGUCCUGGAGAUCCUCGACACAGCUGGCACAGAGCAGUUUGCCAGCAUGCGAGACCUCUACAUCAAGAAUGGCCAAGGCUUCGUGGUGGUCUACAGUCUGACGAACCACCAGACCUUCCAGGACAUCAAAGCCAUGAAGGAGCUGAUCACCCGGGUCAAGGGCACCGAGAGGGUCCCGGUACUUCUGGUGGCCAACAAGCUCGACUUGGAGCACCAGCGUGAGGUCGACACCGCGGAGGGUAAUGCCCUGGCGCAGAUGUGGGGCUGCCCAUUCGUCGAGGCGUCGGCCAAGAACCGCACCAACGUCAACGAGGUCUUCGCGGAGAUCGUGCGCGAGAUGAACUUCAGCCCCGAGAAGGAGAAGAAGAGCUACUGCUGCUGCAGCGUCCUCUAAUACUUAAUCAAAAGAGACGAUCGACUGAUUCUUCGCGCGGACGUCGCCGCAGCCCGAUUAUUAUCAUUACUACUACUACUACUGUCAUAUGGUCAAUUCCUGACGGAAGGAGGAGGACGUAUGCUCUCCCGCGCCGCUAGACGGGCUGUGAGAGAUAAGGAGCCGCGAGAGGGAGAGAUAUAUAUAUAUAUAUAUUCAGUGGGGAGCAGUGAGUAAUAGGUUAUAAGCGUCUCUUCUCGGGGACGAUGAUGAUGAUGACGAUGUCGCGCAUACUCCUCGCGCGCGCGCGCUCGGUUAUUUUAUUACGCGCCGAUAGGUAUUACGUGUAAUAUUAUUGUAAUAUAUAAACGGUAGGCAUAGGCAGGCAAUAGAGAAAGGAGAAAGAAUACACGAUGAGAGCGGAUUUGGACCAAUGCGGGAGUGGAGGGCUGCGCUGCAUUUAGAGAAGAGGAAGCUCUGGCACACACACACACACACACAGAUACACCCACGCGCGCAUACAAAGACAGAUACACACGAACACGCAUGGAUCGCGCGUAUAUUCUCCAUAAGUUAGUUGUUAUGUAUAUUGUUAUAUUAUAUUUCUUCGGCGACAAACCAAACUCGAUGUAACAUUGUUAUAAUAUCGUAAGGCUAGGUAACCGCUCUCCGUCGUCAGGCUGAUCAGAACUGGAAUUAUUACUAUUAUUCUCGAUUAUUCUAUACAACUAUUAUUCUUCUUUUUUUUAUAUACACGCAUAUAUAAAUAAUACUCCUCGUUGUUUUUAAUCUACAUUUGUCUCCUCUCGAGUGAGCCCAGUUCUGUCGGCCUGCGUGCGCUCGACUUUGGCAAGCAGCGGAAUCGAGAGGAAAAGAGAGAAAAACUUGCACUUUGUUCGUUCAGUAUUUUCUGGUUGUUUUCCUUUAUUUUUUAUUUCUUAUUAUUGACGACGUGUACUUCGCGUGAUACGGAAUUUUUGUUGUUUUUUUUAUUCGUGUAGAAAAAGAAACGUAAUAGUAAUAAAGCGCGGAUCGGGAAUGCGAUGAAAGCCCGGCGCAGAGUUUUUCUCUUUUUGGAGCUUGAGUUCUUACGCUUUCUGUGCUCGAACCAAAGUUAUGGCACCUGUAGGGGAAGAGAGAUUUUCCACGCGAUCGAGCAUACGACACACGACGAUGAUCGAUGAUAAUGAUGAUGAUGAUGUACCGUUUUACUUUUAUCAUUUCUACUAUGAUUAUUAUUACUAUAACUUCAAGCGAAAUCUCAUUACUAAUUGUACGAUAUAGUUUGUUAAGGAAACCAUAUUGGAAGCUUCUUCGAUGUUUUUUUCCGUCUUAGUUCAACGCGAUAUAGACGUAGUUCGUUAUUGCCGUAGCCUCCGCAGAACGAGUAUUAAACGCUGAAUUCCAUAGGCGCACACAUCUUUUUUUCGACAUAUUCUAAAAUUUUAAGGCGACGCGCGGGAGACUUCACUCUUCCUCAUGCAUAUUUUUUUUCGUAUCAAUUAUAAACGAAUUGUAAAGUUGCGUUCGUCACUUCCGUUCUGUCCAUGCGACGACACUGUGUAUAAAUCUGUACACCGGGGUGCCGCAGCUUUUACGCACGAGAAUCCGCGCAGAUAUAUCACCCGAAGCCACAAAAACAAAAAGAAGUAAAGUACCCCCCCCCCCCCCUGUAGAGCAGAGAGAAAGAGAAGCUAAGCACGUAGAUCCAGAGUCGUGAGAGUCGAAAUCGCAUAUUUUUCUAACCGAGAGAUAAAGAAGCUGCGUCGACGGCACAAAUCUAGAUUUUCUAGACGCGGCUUAUGGGGCGAGACGACAAAUAGAAUAAUUUUUGCGCAUAUCAUUCGGACGAGGAAGGAAACUGCUCUGCUGCCCGCCCCCACCGACGAUUUUCAAUUCCACGCGACGGCUAUUUGUACGGAGAGAGAGAGAGAGAGAGAGAGAGAGAGAUAAGGGACGAGCGGCUUUUUUUCAAGCCGCUCGAGCGAACUUUCUUAUCGGGUCACAAACACCUACACACGCUAAUUGGUACGAAAAAAAGAACAACCGCUCAAAAGUAUGAAAACGAGAAGAAAAAAAAGGUUUGAAAUAAAAGCUAACACCACAACUUAGAUGGAUAUCGGCCUUUCAGUACUACCUGCGUAUGAUAUUGUGUACGAAAUAUGUUAUAUUUUUUACAAUGUGAAGAAAACUGUAAAUAUGAUAGCGAGUCAGGUUAUACAUAAAUAUAUAUAUAUUAUAUAUACGAUAAAAUUAAUCGUCCCACCCGUGGCAAGGACUACCGACAGGGGCAUAUAUGAAAGAAAGUGCAUCACAAGCCAUAAGUGUAUACGUAGUUGUCAAAAAGAAAAUCGAGCAAAAACAAGUAGUAGAAUUGUCGAGCAAAAUAAAAAAAAAAUAAGACAGGAGUCCUUCGUGCGGGCGGAGCUGAGAAAAAAAGUGCUCGAGACCGGGGCGACGCUGUCCCAGCGACGAGCUUUGCGAGUGACGAUUUUCGUCGAAUGCGGUGCUGGCAGAGAAAAUACAUGUAUAUGUGUAUGUAUAGUUUCAGAAGGAAAUUGCUAUCGCGCAACGAUAAAUGGCAUUUUUCGCGCCGUUGUAUCUCUUUGCUGAACUUAAAAUACACACACAUGCUCGCACGACGCGCAUUGUGCAGUGUCCGAUUAGAUCUCGCGAACCUUGUAUUGGACACUGAUCCCGAGUCAAUUGUAAAAGCGUCACGCGACAGUCUUCGAUUUCAGAUUGUAAAAUAUUGUAAAAAAAAUGGUUAUCUGGACUUUUGAAAAAUAAACAAAUAAUCGGUCGACACCUGCCAGCCCGAUAAUCUAGUCAUAGCAAAGACGUCGUAGCAAAAAAAAAAGUGAAAAUGUAUCACAGGAAAGCAGCGAAAGCUCGUCGGCGAGUCUCGUCGCCGCGGUCUCGUAAAUUUUUGUACGAUGUAAAAAUAGAGAUUGCGAGAAGAAGGAGACGGUGGAAGAGGAGGACGUGUAGGAAGCGAAAAAUUUUUGAAUGUCAAUCGUGGUUUUUUCAUCGCGCAACAAAUACUUACACAAAAACACACACACAGGCACAUGCUUCUCUCGUCCGUUUUGUCCCUCGGUUUUCCGGAGUCCGAACACGACUCUAAUCGACGAGAGAAUUAUUAUUAUAUAUAAAUUCUAUGUAAUUGUAUAUCGAUCAUAAUGUACAUAUAGUCAAGCACACACGAUUUUCUCUUCCGUUCGACUUCGUUUGUAUUUCAAUAUUUGUUUUCUCUUUUUUUUCUAUGCGUGCGGCUAUAUAGAUAGGCGAGAGUGAGAGAGAAGCGAUUGUACAUGAUGGGCUUUCCAGGCCGGACGGCGAAUCGAGUGGAAGCUUUAGUAAUUUUUUAUAUUUUUCUUUUCGUUUGUUUAAGGUCGAGUAACGUCUGUGUACUUGGAUCUGGAAUGUAAUUUUAAGUUCUCUACUCAUUGUUUUGUGAAGAAAAGAAGGUUGAUCGUGUUCGCGAUUACAUAGGAAGUUAAUCGCUCUGUUCGUCAACCGUAUGUACAUGUAAUUACUCGAUCGAUGAGCGCUUGCACUCGAAUCGCCAGCCCGCGUUAUGCACACGAAGAAAAAGGAUUUUUAUAUGAUUUAUAUAUGGUACGUGUAGAGUAUAUAAUUUCCUUUUUAUCGGGACGAAUUUUUAGCGGAUUUAUUAAUUAUAUAUAGAUACAAAAAAAAAACACGAAAUGGUUUAAGAUGAAGUUAGGAAAAAAAGAUAAGGAAAAAAACAUAGAGGUAAAACGGAGGUUGUAUAAGUGGCAUUUUCUACUUGAGGACAAUGACGACGAUGAAUGUUUUAAUGAUAGAGCAGAGAAGCUACUUGUUGAACCGAUUUUUUUGUACACAUACGCGAGAAAUGAUGAUGAAAAAUGAAGAAUAAAUACGAUAAACGUCUUUGCAUUUUUUGGUGCACAAAAACCCACAGACACACAUACUAUGUUUUCCACAGCGCAACUUGUAUACGCUCUACCUUUUAUCCCCCGAACGAGAGAAUCAAACGAAAGCGGAUCGAUACGUUGAACCGACACUUUUUUUACUUUGCCAAUCCUCGUCUCUCUUCUUUUUUUUUUUUUUUUUAUUAAAAUGCGCAUACGUACACGUAUAUGCACACGAAAUCGAUGAACAAUAUUGUAACGGCAUUUUUUUCUUCUUUCUUUGGCAAUAUUGCACAAAUGUAUUAACGAACGAUCGUAUCGGAAAUCCGAAGCUAUGUAAAGGGGAGCGAAAGAAAGAAACCGUACAACUGCGACACAAAACUGCAUUGAAUUUGUAAAACUGAUAUACGGACAGUCCUGUGCAAUAACUAUGCGUUUCUAAGCUAUGUGCCCUGCCUUCAUUUAAAAAUUUUAUACAGUGUAUUACAGUGAAUAAUAAAUUACUACUAUUAUUAUUAUUAAUA